GUAUGCGACCGCGGCCAGCCGAUCAUCUCAGUCUGGAUCCCUCCGCGUGUGCCGAAAGGCUUCUCCACAAACACCUACACACGCGUUGUGUCGUCACCGCAGAUAGCCGUCGUUCGGUUCCGUAGUAAUUAAUGUUACAAUCAUAUCACAUUUAUAGUAUCCAAGUACACAUAAGUGCACGUGUGUGUUCUGCUCGUUGUUUUCCCGCAAAAAUGGUUCGGUCGCGAUAUUUUUAAACGGGCUCGUUUGGCCGGCUUACGGACGUUUCCUCGGGAUUAAGUAGCCGCCUCCGCAGUACCUCAGGAAGAUUAUCGAAAAACAAGUCCGAUCAAUCGAUCGGACUUCAGUCGACUGUUCCUCGAAAUGAUCCAAGAAAACCGUUUUGAAACGUAUGGAUUGCCAGCAUCGUUUAUUAAAAAUGUUAAGGAGAAAACUGCCGAUAAAGUCAGACAUUUGACGGCAGAUGACGCCAUCUGCGAAAACAAAAGUUUGAACUUUAGAGACUUGUACGACUUACAAUUUGUUAAGACUGAAGUUCUGCAAUGCCGAGGCUGUUCCGAUCCUAUCACCGACAGAUUUUUGUUGAAAGUAUCUGAUAAAAUAUGGCACGUGUCUUGUUUGAGAUGUUGUGUUUGUAACUUGAUAUUAGAAGACGAACCUUCCUGUUUUGUUAAAGAUGAUUCUGUUUACUGUCGUCAAGAUUAUGCCAGGAGUUUCGGUACAGUGUGCUCAAAAUGUUCCAAAGGCAUUUCCUCUUCUCAUUGGGUCCGGAAAGCCAGGGAUCAUGUUUACCAUUUGGCGUGUUUCCGGUGCGACGCUUGUGACCGACAACUCAACACAGGCGAGGAGUUCGCAUUACACGAAGGCCGAGUUCUCUGCAAACCGCACUAUUUGGACAUAGUGGACGGCGGCACGACUAGUUCUUCAGAAGGAGGCGAUUCUGAAAGUUAUCACAGCAAAAACAAAGCAAAACGCGUACGAACUACGUUUACUGAAGAACAGUUGCAAGUGCUACAAGCUAAUUUUCAAUUAGACUCCAAUCCUGAUGGCCAGGACUUGGAGAGAAUAGCACAGAUCACAGGUCUUAGUAAAAGAGUAACACAAGUUUGGUUUCAAAACUCAAGAGCUAGGCAGAAAAAACAUUUACACACUGGCAAAGUGAAAAGCACACCGAACAGUAUUCUUCACCAUCAAAACGGUUCGGAAAACCACUUCAACAGGCAUAUAAACUUGCAUCUCACGUACUCUUUUCAACAACCACCGUCGUCCAAUCAUUCUCAUCAGAGGGGAUCACCUGUUUACAUGCCGCAAACAACGGCAUCAGAAAAUUCUUCUUUAGAUGAACUUUCCCAAGACUCAAUGAUGAUGUGUUCAGUAGGUCGAAACAGCGAUCCUGUAUGAGAAGACAAUGGCUGCGGGGCGAUCUCAAGUGAUAAAAUUCUUCCCCAAACUCAUCAACAACCUACGCCACCGUCGCCACGUUAAAGAAAUUAUUAUUAUAAUGUUGCGUUAAAUUUGUUUUAUGAUAAUUGUUUUUUUUUUUUUGUUUCACUGUGAUAUAGUCAUAUAAUAUUAAUUAUAAACUUCUAUUGUCGGAUAAGUUUCCGAAAAUGCCCAAAGGUAUAACUUUAAAAUUAUUUUUACAAAACAAUAAAAAUUUAAAUCACUAUAAAUAUUAAAUGUUGUAGAAGGAUAAACCUUUUUGAAUAUUUUUACAUAUAAAAAAAAUUUAGUAUAAUGACAUACUAAGAAUACAUGUAUAUUUGUUGUCCAAUAUGACAUUAAAGCAGAUCAUCCAUAAUAUUUAUAAUCCAAUAAAAAAAUUACAAAAUUACUAUCUAAUAGUUUCAAUGAUACUACUAUGUCAUAACAGAUUAAAAUAAGAGUGUACACUUUGAUAAAAUAAUAACAUAUAUUAUAUUUGUUUAAUGAUUUCUAUAUUAGUUGUAUAAUGUACAUUGUUUGUGACACCUAUUCACCGCCUUACAAUUUCUUUGUCGGCUAAUUUGUUCUUUUAUCACACUACUAAGUUACCAUUAGUUAGGUCCUUGUAAUAUAAAUAUUAAAUACAUAUUAUAAUAUUACAUAUUAUUUUACAUAUUUUAGAGAUGAAUUAUACUAUUUUAUACUUAAUACUAUUACUCACUUAAUAGAAAUAAAUUCUAAAUUAUUUCCAAUAGGGUACAUAUUUGCGCACAUUUUUGCAAAAUCAUAUAAUAUUAAAAAAAAACAUACUACUCUUUCCCAAAAUUAUAUUAUAUUUAAAGUUAUAUUAAAUUGUACUUUUCUUUAAGUUGAAAUAACCUAAAUGAAUAAUUGUCAACUCAAUAUUUAAUUUGUUUAGUUAUUUGUUAUUGUACCAUAUUAUUGUUUAAUUUUUACUGAAAUAAAAAUUAGGCGUGCAAUUUUUAUUUAAAUAAAAAAUAAAUAAUGAAAUAAAAUAAAAUGUGAUCACACAUCGUAAUUAUUCACAGAGUUAGGUAUAGAUUAUUCAUGUAAGGUGUCUGAGUACAUAAUCUUAUACUACAUUAUGCUUAAUAAAAUUUGAUUUCAAAUAAACAAUUUUUAAGAUGGGGUUUGAACCCCAACUCCAUUUUUUGCGCACAUGUAUAAUUUAUCUUGAAAAUCUGUAGCAAAUAAUGAUAAUAAUAUUAUAAUUAUGAAGUCACAGAUACUUGUACCGUGUUGUUAUUUUAGCAAUUAAAUUUUCUUAGUUUUAACUAUGAGUAUAUUAUUAUUAUUGUAAAAAUUAACUAUAUGUUGUGUAAAUUAUUUGUAUUUAUUCAUGGUAUGUUGUAAAUAAUAAAUUAAUCAAUAAAAAUACAACUAUUAGAUUAA